GUGAAUGUGCCUAUAGAAUUGUAGUUUUAUUGAUAUUAAAGAAAGUACAAACAUUUGGAUUUAGGACUAAGUUAUGCAAAUUCUCCUUGUGUUAACAAGUUGUAGUUUUUCCCCUUUUGGGAAGGGGGACAAAGUUAGCAAUACAGAUUAUAUUAAGUGUUGCAAAAUCUACCUUUAUGGUUCCAACUUUGUAGCUCAAGUAUUGCUUACAGUCACCUGUCUUUUAGGAUUUCUUCAACUUCAUUGGCAAUUACACCGCUGAUUGAUUAGUUAUGAUUAUGUUACAGGGGAAAAAAAAACCUUUACUUGUUUAAGUAAAGAACAGUCAAAGUAAUAUUUUUAAGGCACUAAAUUUGGUUUUUGUGUGGAAAAAGGCAAGCAAUUUUGAGAUAUAAAGGAUACUUGUUGCCUACAUGGAUGGAUAUACUGGUAAAAGAGCUGUUAAUGGACUUGUACCUGGCAAGGGAUCAGGUCUCAUCUUGAAGGAUCAUGUUAAUAUCAGAGAACAAAAUCCACAAUUUUGCAACCGUAUUGGAUGCAGUAGGAGGCUGAACUCCAUGAAAGGAACACCAAAUUGCUACUCCGGAAAAGCCAAAUGUUCGAAGCCUUCUUAUCACCCUUCAUCGAGUGGCAAGGAAAUUAUUGGAAGUUCCUCUGGGGUAUACACUGAAGUUAGCAACAUUAGAAAAUUCUCUACAAAUAUUCUCAGAAAGCUAUCAUCUCAGCUGGAAAUAGAUUCAUCUGAAACUAGUAGUGUUCAGGAAGAGCCAGAAGUGUCAGAGCUCUUAUCUCCUCUAGGAAAGAUUCAAGGAGGGUUGCUGCCCGAAUCUGAAGAUUCUGAUUCUGGCGAAGUUACUGUGAUGGAAGUGGGAAGCUCCAGCGUAGCAUCAAACACAAAACGGGGGAGAAGCUUUUUUCAGAAAUCUGGGCUGGGCAACCAGGAUACUCCGGCUAGUCCAUCUGUUACUUUGGCAUCUCGAAGUGCUUUCCAGGCAACUCAAGGUAACACAAGCAAGUACUGUUUGAGAAAUUUAAGAUGUGACUCUACUUCUGUUGUUGCCCCUGCCGGUUGUUCAUCAUCAGAUUCAAGCUUCAGCAGAAGGAAAUAUUCGGUAAAAAAGAGAGAUUCUGAAGGAGAGAGUAGUUCCUCCACCUGGGGAAAGAAGUUGAGUGGGUCAUCUCCGGAGGGACUGAACAAUAGUUCUAGCCUCAGUGGUUCUAUUUCUGAUUCAAGGCGAGCCAGAAAUUGGUCUUCUAAUAGGGAUUGUGGUAUUGCUUCUUCAGUUAGGACUCAGAGAUCAAACAGUAGUUAUGGUAGAGGGAGACUCCCUAACCAAGCAAAUGGAAAUAGUUUAACUUUGAAUGAGUCACCCAUAGUCAUCCCACAGGCACCUCAAUCUGAUAUUCGUACUGAUAUGAAUGCUCCUGUUCCCAUAGAAACUGCCUCAACUCGUACUAGUUCUUACAGUCGAUCAGGUAGUAUAGAUGAGAGUUUACGAGGUUUCAUGCCUUCCAGUCCUUCAGAAGUUAGUGGUUACCACUCUUCAGUGAACCAGGGUAGCUUCCAGCACUACAAUAUGGAUGGCUUUGCAGAGGUAUUAUUAGAACUUGAGAGAAUUGAACAAGAUGAAGAGUUGACAUACGAGCAAUUACUUGUUCUAGAGACCAGCUUGCUCCUUAAUGGCCUGGACUUUUAUGAUCGGCAUAGAGAUAUGAGAUUGGAUAUAGAUGAUAUGUCAUAUGAGGAAUUACUAGCUCUAGAAGAAAGGAUGGGAACUGUUAGCACUGCGGUACCAGAAGAAGCAUUAUCAAAAUGCCUUAAGAAUGGUAUCUACAAGGCAACAUCUUUGGAGGAUGCAAAUGUCAGAUUUGAGGGUGAAAAAGAUGAUAUCAAAUGCAGCAUAUGCCAGGAAGAGUAUGUCAUUGGGGAUGAAGUAGGGAGGUUGCAUUGUGAGCAUAGGUAUCACAUUGCAUGCAUACAAGAGUGGCUACGGAUGAAGAACUGGUGCCCUAUUUGCAAAGCAUCAGCAGAACCCACCCAGUCUUGUUCGCCUACCUCAUAUUCGAGUUGAAUUUGAUAAAAAGGAAGCAAGAGACCGAGUUUAUCUUCAGCAUUUCUUUAAUGAUCAUAUCAAAUCUACCCCUUUCAUGUCAAGUUGUCAACCCACUUAUAAACCAGGUGCUCUUGGCUUUGCACCAGAACUCAUUCUCCCAUAUAAGAAAUGUGAAUAUGAAAACACGCUUUUUGGUA